GCCACUGCGCGCUGUUGAUGUUUUUAUUUCCCACAGGGUAUUUUGGGGGUUUCUCGAGGCUCAGAUCGAGACCUCCUCCUGCGGCGAGUAGAGCUGAACUAUCCGGCUUCCCCCAAGAGCCACAUCUAACCGGGUCAUCGAGGUUCGGCUGCGAUGGCCGACUUCCUGUGCGACUAUAGAUGGAUAGACUUUGCGCAGCAUUGAUCUAACGUACCUUAUUGGUGUCCAGGCGUCCCCUUGGGGCGCCGCGGCCGGGAUGGACCAGAUCACGGUGGUGAUGAUCGACGACACGCACAUCGCACAGGAGCAGACCCACAACGGCGGGAGGGGGAAAGCCGUCUGCUACGAGAUGGAGCUCUCCGUGCCCCCCGAGGAGGAGGAGGUAGGAGAGGAGGAGGAGGAGGAGGAGGGCGGCGUUUACGUCAUCGAGUACUCAAACCCCGAAGAGGAGGGCGAGAGCUACCAGUUCAGCAUGUCGGUGGACCGGCUCCCGGCCAGGAAGCCGGCGCUCAAACACCCGGCCGCCGCUCCUUCGCCCGCCACGGUGUCCCGGAGGCCGAGGCAGAAGAGGAAGCCGAGGGCCGCAGAGGAGGCGAGGAGGAGGAGGAGGGGGGGGGGGCAGCAGGAGGCGGAGCCGCUGGUGAGCAACAAGUGCGUGCUGGAGCUCGGGGAGGACCACCCGGUGAACCUGACCUCGGACGGGCGCCCGCUGGUGUGCACGCUGUGCCCCCCGCCCGGCCGCUCCUUCAAGCGGGCCUCCGGGUUGGCCGUCCACCUGAAGCUCCUCCACCUGCUGGAGGGGAAGAAGACCUUCUUCUGCGCCACCUGCAAACAGAAGCUCCGCACGCAGGUGGAGCUGGACGCGCACACAAAGCGCCACGCCAACCAGAACGCCGUGUUCUCCUGCGUCCUCUGCCCGCCGGCGGAGGGGGGCUUCGGGGGGUCGAAGUGGGGCCUGAAGAGGCACCUGCAGCAGCAGCACCCGGGCGUGGUGCCCCGCUGCGACAUCUGCAACAAGGGCUUCACGUCGCUCGCCUCCUACCUGGCCGAUCAGUUCCGGCACGUCGGCGUGUCGCCGUUCUUCUGCACCAGGUGUCGGAUCUACGAGAUGACGGAGCGGGGGCUGCACGUGCACAUCCGCAACCACGACAGGAAGAAGAAGAAGAAGCAGCAGCAGCAGCAUGAGGAGGAGGCGGCACUGAGCGAACCCCCCCCACAGACACUCGGGGUCUCUGCAAACCCAGAUAACUCUGCCACAGACGACUCUGACUUCUGACGUGCAGGGUUUCUCUGAGGUGGGGGGGGGGGGGGCUCCGCUCUGAACUGGACUUUUUAUUUGUCACGUACAGUUGAGUCUUCUACCCUUGAAAAAACGCCAGUGAGGAAGAAAUACAGUUUUCUGUGGUCUGUUACAUUUUUGGGUGUUUUUAAAACAGUAUUUUCAGUCUGAGAUGGAACUGAAGGAUCUGGUGCCUUCAGGGAAACGAUGACGUCACUCUUUAGUUUUUGUGUUCCUCAAAUUAAGAUUCAGGGGACAAAUACGACUUAAAGUGAACAACGAGCACAAAAUGUUCAUUCUGGUGAUUUAAACAAAGAGAAAAUGAUCAUGUGAUUCUUAGUAAAUCAAAUAGAAAAUAAAAAGCAUAGUGAUUCAGUUGUUUCAUUUUACUCAAAUAAGGUUUUUGUUUUUUUUAAACCUUUUAAACUGGGCUAGAAAAACAACUUAAACCUAAACAAAAUAUAGUGCAGAAACACUCUGAUGAACUGCUUGUUUUCUGAUGAAUGAAAAUAUUUGUAAUGUGGAUUUUCUUUUGUAUUGUUUGCUGUAGUUUUAAUUUUCUGAUAUUAAAAAGAGGAAAUACCCCAAA